CAGCGCUAAACAUAAAAUAUCUUAAAUAGCAGUAGAAAUCUGGCGCGACGCCAUAUGUAGUUUUGAGCUAGUAUUUUAGUGUACAACGGGUUUAGCGAGCGGGACGUUAAAUUAAAAUUUGAAAAAUGGAUCCGGAAUCGUUUUUGGAUAUUGCUAAUCAAGUGAUUAAGUUAAAAAUGUUUCCGUAUUUCGAUAUAGCGUAUUGUGUGUUAUGCGCUCUGUCUGUCAGAGAGGAUUUAGGAAAUGAACCGAGAACGCUACAAUGCCAAUCCAUCCAAGUUACAGACCAACACGGUCGGACCACGGUGAUCGAUUCGUUUAACGAAAAAGUUUAUAGUUCACAAGUGUUUUCAAGAAAACAUCCCCUAGCAUGCUGGCUUUCUUAUAUGUUGGUGGUUUUUGCUGGAGGAAUGGUAUGCAAUGCUCUACUGGCAGAACCUAUCCUGGCGCCUAUAAAGAACACGCCACAAGUUCUUGUGGCUACAUUAGUUUGGUACGUUAUAUUUUACACACCUGCCGAUAUUGGAUAUAAGUUAGCCAAAUUUUUGCCGAUCAAAAUUGUAUGCGCUGCAAUGAAGGAGGUUUACAGGUGUAAAAAAGUGUACGAUGGUGUAUCCCACGCAGGCAAAUUGUACCCGAACGCAUUUUUGAUAAUGAUAAUAAUUGGUACAAUAAAAGGCAAUGGGGCAGGAUUCGUGAGGCUAUUUGAAAGAUUAAUUCGAGGCGUUUGGACACCAACGGCCAUGGAAUUUAUGCAGCCUUCAUUUUACACGAAGGCAUCUCUAGUCGCUUCGAUCAUAUUUGUCUUGGAUAAAAAGACCGACUUGAUAUCAGCACCUCACGCUUUGGUAUAUUUUGGAAUAGUGAUAUUCUUUGUGUACUUCAAACUGUCAUCUAUCCUACUUGGAAUACAUGAUCCAUUUGUACCCUUCGAAAAUUUGGUGUGCGCUCUCUUUUUUGGCGGAAUUUGGGAUUCACUGUCCAGGCUCCUUGGAUCCGGACAAGUUAAAGAGGAAGCAAAGGAUAAUAAAAAGACAAAUUAAGGUACCUACCAUUUGGAAAUUUACUUUCAACUAAAUUCAGUUGGGUUAAUCACACGAGUGCCAUUUACGGACCAAUGAAUGAAGAAAACUGUAGAUAGUCGCGUUAUCCAAUAAACCGGUCAACGUCAUUACCAAAAAAUCUACCUAUAACGUAAAGAUAGGUAUAUACAUAUUUUGACUUAUACUCAUCACGUUUUAGUAAAGUACCUAAGCUAAGGCAAUCACAUUUUACACGAAACCAACACUAAUUUAAAAGUUUGGGAGUUUGCAUGUGUACCUACCUAAAAUCAUUGAAUAAAAACACUAUAAUGUAAUGUACAUCAGUUGAUUGGGUGACCCGACCAUACAAAUUGUGAUGAACUUAAUUUGCACUGUACAAUGUAAUGUUACCACCGGAUUUAGUUUGACAAUACAAAUUUGAAAUACGAAA